UUCAUUUCCGGGAAUAGGAGGAGCAGGUCUGGCUGAAGGCACAGGAUCAAAGGCUGGAGAGGACCCAGGCUGAGGAAAAGCUGUUGCAGCCCAGGGCAGGCGACGAAGACAACGGUGGGCUGCCUUUCCUGUCGGCAAUGGCAUCAGAAAUCCACCUGCCGGAGCCCAUCUGCCUCGUUGAGAACAGCCGGAGGAAGGGGCUGGUGGUUCAGCAGGAGGCCCUGCAGGUGCUCUCCGAGAUCACCCAGCCGGUGGUGGUGGUGGCCAUCGCAGGGCUGUACCGCACCGGCAAGUCCUACCUCAUGAACAGGCUGGCUGGUCGGAGGAAAGGUUUCUCCCUGGGCUCCGGCGUGCAGUCCCACACCAAAGGGGUCUGGAUGUGGUGUGUCCCUCACCCCUGCAAGCCUGGACACACUCUGGUGCUGCUGGACACGGAAGGGCUGGGCGACGUGGAGAAGGGUGACACCAAGAACGACACCUGGAUCUUUGUGCUCACAGUCCUGCUCUCCAGCACCCUGAUCUACAACAGCAGAGGCACCAUUGACCAGCAGGCCAUGGAGCAGCUGCACUACGUGAUGAAGCUGACCGAGAAGGUCAGGUUGAAAGCAACGCCCGGGCAGAGGGAAGAGGAGCAGGAGGAUCCAGAAGAAGUUGCCCCCUUCUUCCCGGCUUUUGUCUGGACGGUGCGGGAUUUCACCCUGCAGCUGGAGGUGGAUGGGGAGGGAAUCUCUGAGGACCAAUACUUGGAAAAGGCGCUGACGUUGAAGGCUGGAAGCAGCUCCGAGAUCCAACGCUACAACCAGCCCCGGGAAUACAUCCACCAGUUCUUUCGGGAUCGCAAGUGCUUUGUUUUUGACCAGCCGGCCCCCAAGAGGGACCUGGCCCGCUUGGAGGAGCUUCAGGUUGAUGAGAUCGAUCCGGAAUUCCAGCAGCAGGUGGAGAAAUUCUGCAGCCACAUCUGGGAAAAGUCUCCACCUAAGACCAUCCCUGGAGGCCGCAUCGUCACGGGGAGCUUGCUGGGCAAACUGGCAGAGACCUACGUGGAGACCAUCCGGAGCGGGGAGGUGCCGUGCCUGGAGAGCGCGGUGCUGGCCCUGGCACAGACCGUGAACGUGGCGGCGGUGAAAGAGGCUGUGAAGUUGUACCAGGACCUGAUGGAGAAACAGGUGAAGCUGCCAACGGAGACGGUUGAGGAGCUCCUGGAUCUGCACAGCCAGUGCCAGCGGGAGACACAGGAGCUGUUCCAGAAACGGGCGUUUGAGGAAGACAUCUGCUCUUUCCAGGCAGACCUUACACACCAGGUGGAGGAGAUCAAGGAGAAGUUCCUCAGGGACAACAAGCAGGUGUCCCGUGACAACUGCGAGGCUGCUCUCAGGGACCUCUUCCAAGAUCUGUUCAGAAAAUUCAUUAAUGGUGUCUACUUUGUGCCAGGGGGUUACAAGCUGUUCGAAAGAGACCAGCAGGCACUGGUGAAGAAAUAUCAGGAAGUGCCUGGCUGA